GGCGGCGGCGGCGGCGGCGGCGCCCUGACUGCAGUCCGGCGGGAGCGGAGCGCGAGCCGGGCGGGCCCGAGCCGGCGCCAUGGGGCGGCGCCGCCUGUGAGCGGGCGACGAGCGAGGACCGGGCGGGGGGCGGCGGCGCCGAGGCCGACAAGCCGCGCGGCCGGGCCGGGCCGAGCGAGCGGGAGCGGAGCGGAGCCUCGGGCGGCGGAGGAACAGCGCCGCCGCCGCCAAGAUGGCUGACCUGGAGGCGGUGCUGGCCGAUGAGCUACCUGAUGGCCAUGGAGAAGAGCAAGGCCACGCUGGCCGCGCGCGCCAGCAAGAAGAUCCUGCUGCCAGAGCCCAGCAUCCGCAGCGUCAUGCAGAAGUAUCUAGAGGAUCGAGGAGAAGUGACCUUUGAGAAGAUCUUCUCACAGAAGUUAGGAUACCUGCUUUUCCGGGACUUCUGCCUGAACCAUCUGGAAGAGGCCAAGCCCUUGGUGGAGUUCUAUGAAGAGAUCAAGAAAUAUGAGAAGCUGGAGACGGAGGAGGAACGUGUGGUCCGCAGCCGGGAGAUCUUUGACUCCUACAUCAUGAAAGAACUGCUGGCCUGCUCACAUCCCUUUUCAAAGAAUGCUACGGAGCAUGUCCAGGGCCACCUGGUGAAGAAGCAGGUACCUCCAGAUCUCUUCCAGCCAUACAUUGAGGAGAUUUGUCAGAACCUCCGAGGGGAUGUGUUCCACAAGUUCAUUGAGAGUGACAAGUUCACACGGUUCUGCCAGUGGAAGAAUGUAGAGCUCAACAUCCACCUGACCAUGAAUGACUUCAGUGUGCAUCGAAUCAUCGGGCGUGGGGGCUUCGGUGAGGUCUAUGGGUGCCGGAAAGCAGACACAGGCAAGAUGUACGCCAUGAAGUGUCUGGACAAGAAACGCAUCAAGAUGAAGCAGGGAGAGACCCUGGCUCUGAACGAGCGGAUCAUGCUUUCCCUCGUCAGCACUGGGGACUGCCCCUUCAUCGUGUGCAUGUCAUAUGCAUUCCACACACCAGACAAGCUCAGUUUCAUCCUGGAUCUCAUGAACGGUGGGGACCUGCACUACCACUUGUCUCAGCAUGGAGUCUUCUCUGAAGCCGACAUGCGCUUCUACGCAGCUGAGAUCAUCCUGGGCCUUGAACACAUGCACAAUCGCUUUGUAGUCUACAGGGACCUAAAGCCAGCCAACAUUCUCCUGGAUGAGCAUGGCCAUGUGAGAAUCUCAGACCUGGGCCUAGCCUGUGACUUCUCCAAGAAGAAGCCUCAUGCCAGUGUGGGCACACACGGGUACAUGGCCCCAGAAGUCCUACAGAAGGGCGUGGCCUAUGACAGCAGUGCCGACUGGUUCUCCCUGGGCUGCAUGCUCUUCAAGUUGUUGCGGGGACACAGCCCCUUCCGGCAGCACAAGACCAAAGACAAGCAUGAGAUUGACCGCAUGACAUUGACAAUGGCUGUUGAGCUGCCUGACUCCUUCUCCCCUGAACUCCGAUCCCUGCUGGAAGGUUUGCUGCAGAGGGAUGUCAAUCGGAGACUAGGCUGUCUGGGCCGUGGGGCUCAAGAGGUAAAAGAAAGCCCCUUCUUCCGUUCCCUGGACUGGCAGAUGGUCUUCUUACAGAAGUAUCCUCCUCCACUGAUCCCCCCACGCGGGGAGGUGAAUGCAGCGGACGCCUUUGACAUUGGUUCCUUUGAUGAGGAGGACACAAAAGGAAUCAAGUUACUGGACAGUGACCAGGAACUGUACCGCAACUUCCCUCUCACCAUCUCCGAGCGGUGGCAACAGGAGGUGGCAGAGACUGUCUUUGAUACCAUCAAUGCUGAGACAGACCGGCUGGAGGCACGGAAGAAAGCCAAAAACAAACAGCUGGGCCACGAGGAGGACUACGCCCUGGGUAAGGACUGCAUCAUGCAUGGCUACAUGUCCAAGAUGGGCAACCCCUUCCUGACCCAGUGGCAGCGGCGAUACUUCUACCUGUUCCCCAACCGGCUUGAGUGGAGGGGUGAAGGCGAGGCUCCGCAGAGCCUCCUGACCAUGGAAGAGAUCCAGUCGGUGGAAGAGACACAGAUCAAGGAACGCAAGUGUCUCCUGCUUAAGAUCCGAGGUGGCAAGCAGUUUGUCCUGCAGUGUGAUAGUGACCCUGAGCUGGUGCAAUGGAAAAAAGAGCUGCGCGAUGCUUACCGUGAGGCCCAGCAGCUGGUGCAGCGAGUGCCCAAGAUGAAGAACAAGCCACGCUCACCUGUGGUGGAGCUGAGCAAGGUGCCACUGAUUCAGCGUGGCAGUGCCAACGGCCUCUGAUUCACCCAUCUGCUGCCCGCCUGCCCACCCGCCUUUUAUAAACCUCUAAUUUAUUUUAUUGAA